AUGUCCGAGAUCCUCCCUUACAGCGAGGAGAAGGUGGCCCGCUUCGGCACCGACUCCGAAGUCAGCGAGAUCUCCUUCAGCUGCCGGCUCCAGGACACCAACUCCUUCUUCGGGGGCAACCAGGCCAAGCGGCCCCCCAAGCUGGGGCAGAUCGGCAGGGCCAAGAGAGUGGUGAUCGAAGAUGAUAGAAUAGACGAGGUGCUGAAGGGGAUGACAGACAAGUCGCCUUCUGGGGUAUAA